AUGGUUGAAUUAACAGAAGUUGAGGAUGAGUCCUUCGAGCAAAAGCAAGCCGGUCCAUCUGAGGAUGAUUACUACACUGAUACUGAUUCCGAGAUCUCCUCUGACGAAGAGGAUAAUGUCGCAGAUGAGGAAACCUUCACAGAUCGCAUAAGUGCUUUGAAGGACAUAGUACCAGCAUCCACUCGAUCUUUUAUUUCUAACGGGGUGGAUACAACCACAAGCUGGAUUAAAUAUGGUUUAAUGUUUGGAGGCAAGACAUUAUGGGUUGUGAGCACAAGUGCUUUGUUAUUGGGAGUUCCAUGGGCAUUGGCAUUCGUGGAGGAGCAACAAGUAGUCGAGAUGGAGAAGGAGAUGAAGAUGAGGGAGAUGGGUGGAGAGGCAUGUCAUCCCAAUUGA